ACCACGCGCCUUGAUCGCGCGUGUCCCUUGCUGUCAUCUGGAGGAGCAACAGUUGUAUUGCACAUAUCUGACAACGCUCAUAAGAACAAGGAGUGACUCCUACACGGGUGUCUGCUGAGGUGUGAAUUUUUAAUUCAAGAAGCAUCUAGGUUUUGUAGCCACAAUGCCAAAAGUGAAGGCUGAGAAGAAAUCCCGCGUCCACAAAGAUGUGCAGAAGCAAGGAAUGUUGUUCAACACAGACCUUGGACAGCAUAUUCUGAAGAACCCUCUUAUCAUACAGAGUAUGGUAGACAAAGCAGCUCUUAGAUCCACGGAUGUGGUGCUGGAAGUUGGCCCGGGGACAGGAAACAUGACUGUCAAGUUGCUGGAGAAAGUGAAGAAAGUGAUUGCAUGUGAAGUGGACCCCAGGAUGGUGGCCGAACUGCAGAAGCGGGUACAGGGCACGCCCCUCCAGCAGAAGCUGCAGAUCGUCGUCGGCGAUGUGCUGAAGACGGACCUACCGUUCUUCGACGUAUGCGUGGCCAACCUGCCGUACCAGAUCUCGUCUCCGUUUGUGUUUAAGCUGCUGCUGCACCGGCCGUUCUUCCGCUGCGCCAUCCUCAUGUUCCAGCGCGAGUUUGCGCAGCGUCUGGUGGCGCCGCCCGGCGAUAAGCUCUACUGCCGUCUCUCGGUCAACACCCAGCUGCUGGCCAGGGUCGACCACAUCAUGAAGAUCGGCAAGAACAACUUCCGCCCGCCGCCCAAAGUGGAGUCGAGUGUGGUGCGGCUGGAGCCGCGCAACCCCCCGCCGCCCAUCAACUUCAAGGAGUGGGACGGCCUGGUGCGCGUCGUGUUCGUGCGGAAGCACAAGACAGUGGGCGCCGCCUUCAAGCUGGCCACCGUCACCCAGAUGCUGGAGCAGAACUACGUCACCUGGUGCUCGACGCAGAACAAGCGUGUCCCGGAGGGCUUCGACACCCGGCGAAUGGUGGAUCAGGUCCUCACGAACGGCGGCUUCACGGACAAGCGAGCGAGACACAUGGACAUGGAUGACUUCCUGGGGCUGCUGCAGGCGUUCAACGCCGAGGGGUUCCACUUCACGUGACCGGGCCGGCUGGUGAUGCCCCUGUUCGGACGCGCCGUCUUCUGCCGCCGCGAGCGCUGCGGAUCGGACGGUGGCGCGCCGACGCCCACCGCGCUGAGCGGGACUGUGACCUGGGCCUGGUUCACCGCUGGACGUACUGGCCCGGCACCUAACGCGCUGGGCUGGGCUGUGACCUGGGUCUGAUUCACCGCUGGACGCACUGGUCCGGCGCCUAACGCCCUGGUUGUCCGGCACUUGGCACGCUGGUUGUCUGGUGCCUAAUGCGCUGGUUGUCCGGUGCUUGACACGCUCGUCCGGCGCUUGACGCGCUGGUUGUCCGGCGCUUGACACGCUGGUUGUCUGGCUGCGCAGGGUGGGCUUAGGGUCUUGUUACGGCGUUUUGUAUGUGCGGCGUAUGUUGUGGCACGUGGUGAGACGGUGUGACGUGAGACGGCGCUAUAACAAGCGGGGUGGCGCGACUUGUAGAGGGGCAGGCGGUGACCCGUGACGGCUGUUGCAUCGAGAUGAUUGUUGUUUUUUUGACGUACUCACACGGCUCGUGUCGGAUGUGGUAUGAACCGUCAAGGCGAUUCAUGCGUCGUAGAAUGAAUCCUCUCCGAUGGAACGGAAUCCAAGGCAUGUGUUGGGAACAUUCGGGGGGGUAUUUCGGUAAACAAAAGUGAAGGGUCAGAUCCAAAGUACGUCAGAUCCAAAGGCAAAGGUCUGAAUCACGACAUGUAAGCAUAUGCAUUGUGUAUCGUUUUUCUCAGUGACGGUGUCACUGUAUUAUGUGCAAAUAUAUUACAGACGAAAA